UUUUUAUGGCAGUUCGUGCUGUGACAUUUGGGGAUUCGCGUUGUCCACAACAAGCAAAUUUGCAAUCCAAACAAUCGGCAAUUUCGUUUACAUUUCUUUAGGAAAUCGAGUGAAUUUCAUAAAUAAAGUGCAGUGCAAUAUACAGUUAUCCUCAGUGAAGUGCUUUGGAGGUUAGAUUUCUUAAAACACUGGACUGUCUUGCAACUUUCUGUGGGAAACUAUGAAAAACGACUAUAAAGUAGUGCUGGAGGUUGAUUAAAAGAGUCCAAACUAUUAGAUAAUCACGCUACCUGUCCCCAAAGUCCGAUGUCCCGCACGUAGCUCUGAGCGAUGGACCGUCACAGUGGCGGAGGACCACCGCCCCACCUGCGGGGGCGGCCUGUGUCCGGCAAAGACGCGGCCAACGCCAACGAAUACUUCGAGCCUUUUCUCAACGCGACCACCCUCAAAAACAUCCUCGGCUAUCACAGGUCUAUGUGCGAAUUCCUUCACCUGAAACCGAACGUGUUCACGCACUUCUACCCGAAGCUGAAAGCGAACCUGACCUCGUGGAGGGCCAAGGCCCUGUGGAAGAAGUUCGAUCUGAGGGCGUCGCACAAGUGCUACGCCAAAGGCAAGGCCUGCUCGGGCACCAAGGUCCUCGUCAUCGGAGCCGGACCUUGCGGCCUGCGAACGGCCAUCGAGGCCCAAUUGCUGGGUGCUAAAGUGGUCGUUGUAGAAAAACGCGAUCGACUCUCUAGAAACAAUGUUCUCCAUCUCUGGCCUUUCGUCAUCGAAGACCUGCGGAUGUUGGGUGCGAAAAAGUUCUUCGGCAAGUUCUGCGCAGGCGCCAUCGACCACAUCAGCAUCCGGCAGCUUCAGUGCAUCUUGCUCAAGGUGGCUCUUCUACUGGGAGUGGAGGUGCAUACCGAAGUCAGCUUCGUGAACCUGAUAGAACCUAACGCCAGUAACAAAACCGGAUGGAAGGCGGAUAUUAAACCAGAUAAUCACCCAGUGUCACAGUACGAGUUUGAUGUUAUUAUCGGAGCUGACGGAAAACGAAACACUCUGCAGGGGUUCAAGAGAAAGGAAUUUAGAGGAAAAUUAGCUAUAGCCAUAACCGCAAAUUUCAUCAACAAAAAGACGGAAGCGGAAGCCAGGGUGGAGGAAAUCAGUGGGGUGGCUUUCAUUUUCAAUCAAAAGUUUUUCAAAGACCUACAGGAGGGUACCCGCAUCGACCUAGAGAAUAUUGUGUAUUACAAAGACGAUACGCAUUAUUUUGUCAUGACGGCGAAGAAAGCCAGUCUGUUGGAGAAAGGCGUUAUCAAACAGGAUUUGGCUGAUACUGAGAAGCUUCUAGCUCCUGAUAACGUAAACAGGGAAAAGCUGCACCAAUACGCUCGCGAGGCGGCCGAUUUCAGUACGAACUACCAAAUGCCCGACCUGGAAUUCGCCGUAAACCACUACGGAUUACCAGACGUAGCAAUGUUCGAUUUCACUUCGAUGUACGCGGCAGAGUAUGCAUCCAAGGUCGUUGAACGGAACGGACAUCGACUUCUUAUGAUCCUUGUUGGUGACAGUCUACUUGAGCCAUUUUGGCCUACAGGGUCCGGCUGCGCUAGAGGUUUCCUCUCGUCCUUGGACGCAGCGUGGGCGAUCAGAAGUUACAGUACGGGUCUGAUGACUCCCCUCGACGUUUUGGCCGAAAGGGAGUCCAUCUAUCGAUUACUAGCUCAAACCACUCCUGACAAUUUGAACAAAGACUGGAAAGCGUAUACUCUGGAUCCUGCUACUAGGUAUCCAAAUCUAAACAAGACUGUCGUUUUACCCCACCAAACUGUGUGUUUGUACGAUACAGACAACCCGGAAAGCGUGGAGAAAAUGAAAAGGGCCUCCUUGGAUGCCAAUACUAAGCACGACCAUGUAUCGAAAAAACGAAGAAGAGGUGGAGUGGACAACGAGGUCCUACUAAGUUGGCUGUCCCAUCAACUUCGAGACCACGAUGACAUCACCAUCACCGACAUCCCCUCGGUGUUCCAAGGGGGCAAAGCCCUCAGUGCAAUCAUUCACCAUUACCGACCCGAUCUCCUGGACUACAGUGCAAUCAAAGACAACGAACCGGGCCAGUGCAAUCAGCACGCUAUGGACAUCCUGGAAAAAGACCUGGGCAUACCGCCGUUCAUGACCGGCGAGGAAAUUACCAAUACUCAAGAUUACCUAGCCAUGACUACUUACCUCACUCAAGUGUACGAUACGUUCAGAGGGGAAAUACCGCACAUCAAACAUCCGAAAUUGAAAAUUAAACCCUUAUCUACGAAACCAACUAAUCAGAGCUCAAUUCCUACACUCCAAAAAACUUCGGCGCACUUAAGUCACGACGACUUGACAACUAGCAAAGAAAUCUUGAAGAAAAGAUCAGUAAAACGUGAAAUUUCCCGAUUGGCAAAGUCUACAAGCGAAAAAAGUAUUCUUGAUGACAAAGAAUCGCGUAAAAAAGGUCACUUAACAUCGCCCCAAAUAGAUUUAACUUACGCCGAUCUAGAUCACUGUACAAAAAAGAAGAAACACCUUCAGCUGUUGGAAAAUGGAAGUCAGAAGAACGUGAAGAGAAUUGAAUCAAGAAAUGUCGCAGUUUCAGUUAACUUAAUGCCGAAAAGAAAAAUUAAAUUGAAGAAAACUAAGUUGUCUAUUAUACCAGAAAGUACAGAUGAAAAAUUAAGCGAGCAGCAAGACAAAUUAGAGCACAAAAGUUCAAAGGAGGACAAACCAAUGAAAAGAUAUCGACCUUUGCUUCAGUCUCAAACAUUUUUUGUCGCUUCUAUUGAAAAUUCUCCCCACCAACUUCAGAGGCACCAUUUAAGGUCCAAAGCGAAAAUGAAAACACUUAAAAGUUCGUUAGGUCUAAAAUAUUUCAAUCCUUUACAAAUUAUAAGGAGGCACCUUAGUACGAAAAAGGCACAGAUUAAGUCUUUAUUAGCGAAGCCGUGUCAAUCUAAUUCAAAAAUCGUAGAGAAUGUACCUAAGAUUCAAAGCGUAAAAUCUGAAGUUGUUGAUCUCAAAGAUGAAGUGAAUCUUUGCCCUAGUACUAGCGGGAAGUCUAUAAAAAUUCAGAUUAUACAACGAACUAGUAAAGAUAAAAUUACUUUACAAAACGUAGAGUUUAAGUCGUCUUUGAAUCUAGUUAAAAUAACUUCAAGAAGUUGUGUGUCUAAGCGUUUCAGCGGUCGAAGGUUUGAGAAAUUACCUCAGUUAGUUGAAAACGAGGAGAAUUUAAAAGUCGAACAAAUAUUCCUCAAUAAAGACAUACAUUCGGCCAGUAACUAUAGUUCGAAAAUCGAGAGCACCAGUAAUAGUUUACACUUUAACGGCGCACGCGUCAAUUUAGGAUCCUGUAAUUUACGUAAGUUUAGAGAGACCCCAGAAAAAAUACCUGUACCUCUCACCUGCGCCGACCUGCAGAUAAUCGACGCUCUAGGUGUCAAGUCCACACCUUUCAAAAGGAAAUGUCACGGGAAGUGUAACGAUUCGACAAGAAGACAAAAAUUCAGGCCGCAAAACGCGAUUUUUUAUGGAGCAAAAAGACGGGACAAACUGAGCAUGGCUUAUUUGGACGACUGCGACAGCAUCUCGCCGCAGAGCUUCUCCAGAGUCCAGAACUGGAUCAGCCAGCACGAUUUCAAGGACGAGGUCAAGAAAGAUCCGGACGACGAUACGCUCUUUACCUGUGAAAUUGUUUCGGACAUGACUUCAGUUACGCAGGCUCGCGCACGAGCCAAAGGUGAUUAUGACGAUGUGAAAGUUGAAGCUCGGACGGACGAAGUCAAGUGUGAGAGCCCUGUAACCUCGGCCGAAGACUUGGCUGAGCUUAUGCGAAAUCUCAAGCAGGACAAGAGUAUAAACUCGAGCAGACCGGCGACCAAGUUCACGCAGUACAAUUCCAAAGCAGCGUCAUUGCCUCCCAUAGCUUUCCCAGCUAUAAUCGAAGCCAGGGAGUCUGGAGAACUGCCUCCUGAUACGAAUAAACGCAGUGAGUUCUCUAUCAAGUCCAUCAAAACAGCUCAUCAGCAACAAACUGCUAUGAACAACGCGCAGUUGUCCAGGCCGUCCAGCCGGCAUAAAAGACACGCGGAUUUGACGUUGCAGAAGCCGAGCAGCGCGGAGAGGAAGCAGAGGAAGAGACGGACAUUGGAACGUAUCGGUCCGAGUGUGGAGGACCGCCAAAAGGUUUUGGAAGAAAUCGUAGCGAAUCGCCAGGAUAGGAUGAACAAGCGCAAACAGCACCGACAGAGACAGACGGAGCAAUUUAUCAAAAGCAUGCAGAUGCUUCAUGCUAACGCCAAACCAGAUAAAUCCGAACCAUUCGAGGAUUAUUCCAUUUUUCUCUACAGACAGACCGCACCCAAAUUCAAAGAUAGAGUCAAAGACUUGGAGAAACAGUUCACUUACGUCCCCGAUUACGAUAACAGAGCAACUGGUAUGAAGCCUUUAGCCAACACGAACGCCGACGAAGAUAUCGCUUCGAAAAUUCGGAGUCUAGAAGAUAAGUGGAGUAAUCCACAGCCAGUUGAGAAGAAACCCAAAGACCUGUUGCGAGCUAUAGGGAAAAUAGAAACGUCGGAUUGGAACAUCAAACAAAUCGAGAAGAAAAUUUUAGAGAAUAAACUGGGUAAGCCGUCCACAACAGUAGACAAAGAAAGAGUUCCAAGGUGGAGCAGAGAGGAAUUCGUAGCCAGACAAACGAAAAUGGAGAACAAACGUUUAGAAAGACAGGAUAGUUCAGAAGCGAAAUAUGCUGACAUAGACAAAAAUAUAAAACAACUGGAAUUGAAACUGAAGGAAGGCACGACGAGGGAACUUGGCCAAAAUAAAGUAGCUUCGAUUACCGAAAAACUAGUCAGUAAAGUGCCCCAGGAAAUCGAAAAGCCUGUAGAAAAAGUUCAAGCCAAACCUGUAAAUCUGCCCAUCAAAUCUGGAUCGGAAUUCUGUCAUUUUUGUAACAAAAAAGUUUAUCUUGUGGAAAAGAUAUGUGCGGAAGGAAGAUUUUUCCAUAACGGAUGCUUUAAGUGCCAGUAUUGUCAUAUUCAGUUACGUCUAGGGUCGUAUAUGUUUGACAGAGACGGACAAUUCGGACACAGAUUCUUCUGUAGUCAGCACUACGGAAUGCCUGGAGAGUUGCCUAGACCAGCCAAAGUUUCUAGGAAGCCUAGUCACAGAGGAGCGAGAGAUAUUAGUAGAAGUCCUUCUAAAAGACUCAUGUCUGGUGUAGCCGGUGUCGAUUUACUUGAUAAAGUUCGAACUCCAGAAAGAAUAGAGUUUUCGAACAUUUCGCGUGACGUGUCUUCUGAAGAUGAACCGCUAAGUCAAAUGGACGAGGACGAAUGGACGGAUAAAAACUUCGGAGCUUCUUGCAACGAAUUGGACGAAAGUGAUGGCGAUUCUUCUUCUAGUUUAGGUACCGAUAGUGACGACGAAGAUGCGUAUGACGACGCGUUAGAACAACCAGUGACGAAGGAAGGAACUUUAAAAUUAGCAGAAAGAUGGAAAAAGAUCUAUAGCAAAGGGAAGCAUUCUGAUUUAGACGCGUACAGCAGCUCAGAUGAUAAUAGCUAUUAUGAAAAUAGCAGUGAUGAUUCUGAUUCGGACACUGCAACUGAAGGAGAAGAAGAAAUCCGUGCUCGAGAACUCCGAAAACAAGAAGUGCGAGUGGAGCCUCCAGUGGUCCAAACCGACACCGGCACGGACACUGAGGUGAAGACAAAUCUCGAUUACUUACCCCCCGAUAUACUAUCCGACCAUCCCAGUAGUUUUGCAUCCUUACAUAAAUCUCCCAGUAAUUAUUCUAUCAGUUCUGAAGUAUUUAAGAGCGCCGAGAGCGACGUAGACUAUAAUAUGAACAAAACGUACGUCGAUCCUAGCGUAGUAGUAGGCAAAUUGACUAUAUCAAAGCCCCCGGUAGAUAGCAGCACUAAGAAAUCUAACCCUUUAGCCAGAAGCGCGACUGCCAGUAGCUUAACUAGCUCUAAACCGAAAAGAAACUUCGUAUUACCUCCUAAAGAACAAAGGAAGAGUAUAGGGGAGGUAUUUCAAGAGAAGGUAAAGCUCGACGAGCCUUUGUUGGUGAUCAGAAGAACUCCCAGUAAAGUUACUCUACCCAAGGAGAUCAAACCGAAGGUAGCUGUCAACGCUAAGGGUCUGGAUACGUCCAAAUACUUUGGGUUGCCGAAAAUUCCUCAAAAAUCAAAGAUAAAACGAGGUGAUACUGCCGUGACUCGAUCCAGACCUCCUUUGAUAAAACAAGCCAGUCUUCCAGAAACCGCCAACGAGAAAAACGAAGCUACAUUCAAUUUCGACUUGAAAGAAUCCGAUUUGGACCACGUAGAUGACUAUAUCGAAGAUUUGCUAUCCAAGAAAGACGAACUAGAAAAACCAGUUGAUUAUAGCAAAUACGCGACUCAAAAUCACGAAGAUAUUUCACCAGAAAACGAAAAAGAAGAACUGUCUAGUAGUAUAGAGGAUCUGUUCAAAGCCUUGGAGGAAGUCACUGACGUUCCUCACAGGGAAAUGCAAAAAGAAUCCGACGAGAAAAUAGACGAUCUUCUCAAAUUUAUGGAAGAACUAGAUCACCAAACACCUGAAAGAAAAGUAUACAGAUCUGUCAGUGACGUUAAAUACCGGAACUUAGAGCGCCUGUUGAAAUCACCGCAAAGAAGCGAAUCGGUGGUUAGUAAGCUUCCUAGAAACAAUUUGAGUUUCUUUGAGACGAUUCUGAAAGGGAAAGAAACGCCUAGAGAUAGUAGCAGCGACGAAAAUCUAGCGGAACCCAGGACUCGUGGACUUUGUAGAUCCAAAACCGAGAUUCAUUUCAAUCGUGGUAACAAAAAACAGAGGACUUCCGUCGAUGUUGACGCCGUAGGAAAAGUAGAUAUCAAAUCAGUGCUGAAAAAAUUCGAGUCUUUCGAACAAGAGGACGAAUUAAAAGCACCCAAACCUGAAAAAAAGAUUAUAAAAAGGAUGUCUCUAGGCAAUUUCAGAGAUCUCGGAACUGAGGGCGCUAAAAUAUCAAAACUUCCUGCAAUACUCAAGCCAAAACCUAUAGGAAAUACUAUUCAGAAGUUUGAGAGUGAACCAAAGAAAUUCAAAAAGGUUGAGUAUAAAAAGCGAGAACCCAGAAGGGUGCUAACCACGAAAUACGACGAAAAAUCUUACGAAGAUACUAUUAAAGAUUUGGAAAAAUUCGUAGACGAAGCGAUAGGAGAUAUUGGUGCAAGUAAAAAACUUCCAGAAGUCAAAUCAAAUGAAUUGGGGAAGAGUAAAAGCGAUUGGUGUGUGAAUAUUACCGUGUCCUCGAAAGUCAACCCGGAAUUUUUGAAACUGCAAGAAAAAAGAGCUGAGAAUCCUUUGACAGGCGUAAAUAAUGAACAGCAAACGAAUUUAUAUGAUAAUGUUGGUUCUAACGUAAAUUCCGAUAUUUUGAGACUACAUGAUGAAAAACUAGAUGAAAAUUCUUCAAAAGAUCAAAAUAUCAAACAAAAAAAUUCUAUUUUAAAAGAUAAAUCAGAUGAAUUUAAUCAAGACCUUGAUUUUUCACAGGAAAUGAAAGACUUUAACGAAGCCAUGUCGGCCUUAACCGAAGAAAGCACUCUUGACAGUACUUCAGAGCCACAUAACUUUUCUAAAGCCGUAGAUUCGUCUGAUAGUUCAGAAACAGAGAAUAUUGAGCCGGUUAUUGGGAAAAUUACUGAUAAUAUACCGCAAGUAAUUAUUACUAACGGAGUUCCCGCAGAUAUCGAUGAUUUGUAUGCUAAAGUAAACAAAUGUAAACCGCCUUUGGAGCCUCCCCCGCCCGUACCGCAUCGUCGCAAACACUCCCACGGAGAGCUUCCAGGUGCUCCGUUACCUCCACCCAGGGCAGCCAGGCAGAAGUCACUCGAAGCUAAAACCUCGAACAACGAGAACGUGCUUCCCGUAGCCCCGCACAGAAGACGAUCCACUACCGCUUCGCCGCUGCUGCCUCGCAGGAAACACGAGAUGGUCUCGGACGAAUCCAGUUCGGAAUCCAGCGAGAUCCAGAAUUCGGCAACCGAAAUCUCCACCGAUUCGGAAUUUGCGCAAGACGAGCCUACGCCGACGCGCGAGAUACCCGCUAUCGCUCUGAACGACGUUUUCGUUACCAAGACUCGAGGAAGCGGCCAUGUAUCAGACCUGCCGCGCCGCAUCCAGGUGACCAGCAGUUUUCUGCAGCGCCCCCUCGAUGCCGCCCCCCACCCGACACCCACACCUCUUAAACCGGCACCCUACGCCUUGAAUCGCACCCAAAGCACCGGCGGAAUCGCCGCUAAAGUCUCGCUCGAGCUAAAGAAACGCUAUUUGCUGGGCGAGAGUGGGACGAACAGCAUCCAGAAAAGCGGCAGCGCGUCGGCCUUGGAUUCUAAAUUCAAGAACUUUCAGAAUACAAUUUCGAAUUGCCAGCGGAUGCUGAAGCCGGCUGUGGAGCCUAGCGCUAGUAUGCAGAUGUUCUGUACCAAACUGGACGAGAGAUUGUCACCUAGCGGUACUACACCUCCCCUUCCUCCGCCUGACAUCACGAUAACUACCAUAACGGAACAGUCUCCAGGAGACGGAGAAUCCGAUAAGCAACGUGAAAGUUUCAAUCGCGAAACUUAUACUUGUCGGCCUGUAGUCGUGGAACCAUUGCAAUCUUCCGAUAGUUUGUCGGCAUCCAGUUCCGACGAAGCCCCAACUAGCCCCAAUUUCCGUUUCGACUCUAUUCCGCGGGUAGAGAUUCACGCAGUUAAAGAUAGUAAUCGCGAGGAUAUAGCUUUAGACUCUCUUUCACAAGUACCUUCAGAACAACCCAAAAACGUCGCUGGAGAAAGGAAAGUCUUGAACCAACCGAAAUCCCUUCCUAAUCUUGAGCACGUUUUGCCUGACAUUCAUAGAGCCCUUCAUGUCAGAGUAAGAAGCGACAAGGAAGACUCUCCGGAUGAAAAUAAAAGCGGUAAGACAACUUUAAGCGGGAAGAGCUCACCAGAUGCCACUGCUGCUCUUACCGAAACUGAGCUGUCUGAUUGGGCGAGAGACGAGAACGUAUCAGAUAGUAUCGAGUUCGAUUUCAGCCAAGAUUUGGAAAAGAAGAGGGUUGUCAACAUCGCUAAAUUGAGUGAAUUCGACGAAGCUAUAAACGAACACGUUUGCGGUAAAGACUCAAAAGAAGCGGUUAACAAAACCAUCCUGGCAUCAGCUGUUAACGAUUUGGACAGUAUCGAAUAUAUGGACACCGGUACUGAGACCAGCAGCGAGGAUGGAAUCGGUAACAGUCAGGAUGGAUACGUGUUGUUCAAAAAUGAAGACGAUGUAGCAGAGGAUAGUCUAAACCCGCAAAUAAACGAGAUACUCGAGGCAAGAAACAUUUAUCUUAGAAAUAAAGAGACUGAUAAACGCGACUUAUAUUUAGCCGAUAGUGUUAGAGAUGAAAAACAUUCUUAUGAAAAAGUUGAAGUGAAAAGUACGGAAUCCAAACCGGCAGAUAACGAAGAAGAUAGUUUAGUUGUCGUUGAAACAGGUACAACAACCGAAGAAAAUACAUGUAGUGAUUCCACCGUCAAAAACGUCACAGAAAUUGCUAACGAUUCCAAAGAAAGUAGGAAUAAGCCGUCUUUAAAAAUUGAGAAUCUCCAAAAACAGCGUCUAGAAGAAAAACUAGCCAAAGUUAAAGCCGAACAAGCAUUGCUCAAAGAACAACAGUUAAAACAGUCCAGCCAGAAGGAGAAUAUUGAAAAUAAUAUUCAGUAUGAAGAACACUGUCAACGCUUGCAAUCCAAAGUCGAAUUUGGAAAUGCUAAAGAUUCGAUAGAUAUCCGUAAAUCUCGACGGAGAAGUAAGAGCGAUUCCCCUCAAAAGCCCGAUUUAAUACGCGAGGAAAAAGAACGACACAGUCCUCCAAAGGACAUCACCCUCAAUUUGAGUCCAGUCGUACGGCCGGAUAUACUUUACAAAAAGGAGAAUAUCAAAAAAGAACGGGACGUAAACCAGAAGUUAGUUCAGGAAAUGGUGAUGAAUAAAAUGAAAGCUGAAAACAAGAGUCUGGAAAGAAAAAAGCGAAAUAGAGCAAAUGUGGGCAGCUUGAGUCCCUGUCGGCCGUAUUCGGUACAAAAAUCAAAUACGACCGAUAUCGUUACGCAGAUUAAUUUAAGUAAUCUAGACAAAAGCAACAAAAACGACUCGCUAGCAUCAAGUACGUACGCCACACCGGACCUUCUGACCAAUUCCAUGACGCUACAGCACGCUCAGACAGUGAGUGCGGUCCCCGAUAUUAAUAGUUCUACAGAGAAGUACGAAACGCCUAUGACGUCAACGCCUGCGAAGCAACACUUAUCCAGACCUUUGAGUGUAUUUUCAGAUACCCAUAGGAAACCUCCAGAAACACCUCUGACAACUUUAGAUAAUUAUAGUAUGCCGGACAUCAGAAAACAACUGUUUUCGGAGGAUUUCAAGACACCUAAAGCUCCUCCUAGAUACAAUAGGCCAUCUAUUAUUCGGACAGCAGAAAAAUUGAAGGAGGACGCUAGAGCUAGAGCAAGGUUGCUUUCUAACGAAGAUUUAGGUUUAAGUCCCGAUGAUAAACUGAUAAAACUAAGAGAAAAGAUUGGAAAAAAGUCGAAAGAAAAUAAUUUAAUAACCGACACGCACGUUCAGGAAAGCAUAGAAUCGUUGGUGAUGAAUACAGAGAGAAGAAACUCCUUGCUCUAUUCUAACGAUACUCUAACCAAAAAACGAAACAAUUCUUUUAGAAGAUCGAUGAGUGGAGAUUCAGAAGUCGGCUCGAAGGGUCUGAGCGUUUCGGAUAUGCGUCCCAAGUCUAUUUCGGAAAUUCCGAAGAACCUCAGCGUGUCUAAAUCCAGGAACAUCGAAUCUGACUCGAAGAAAGCUUGCAAAUCGGAUCCGAACCUGCUGGACACGCAAGGUCCGAAGAAGAAGAGCAAAGACAGGGAAAGGCGAAAAAGUAUCACCAAGCUGAUCGUCGGAAUUUUUGCUAAGAAGAGUCCUACGAGUAACGGGACCAAGAGUCUAUUUGCCAAGUUGUCUCCAAAGUCAAAGGCCAUAUCAAAGUCUUUAUCUAGUUUGGACUGGAGCAAACACGAAACCGCAAUCGAGGAAUCGUUAAAAAGGAAAUGUCUCUCAGAAAACAAUAUCGAAAGGCGCGAACUUACUCCUCCACCUAUUCCACCGUUGCCAGAACACUAUAUCAUGAAAGCCACAGACGAGAGUAGUGACGGUGAAAAUAUCGAUUGGACAUUUGCUGGACAAGGAUCUUACGACACUCUUGAUAAAUCAAUCAAUCUAGAAACGUCUAUGGCCAGUCUGACUAGCAGAAAAAGCUUGAAAGCUAAGAAGGCAUCCAGGCAGGCUCAAUUGAAAAGGCAUAGAAUGGCUCAAGAAAUCCAAAGAAAACUGGAAGAAACCGAAGUGAAAACGAGAGAGUUAGAACAGCGUGGCGUUAGAGUAGAGAAAGCACUCAGAGGAGAAUGUACAGAGAGCACCAGCAAAAACGAAAGUGACCUUUUACAGGAAUGGUUCGAUUUGAUGCGGGACAAAACUGAACUAAGACGUUACGAAAAGGAACUGAUCGUGAGGGCCCAAGAAUUGGAACUUGAGGAUCGGCACGCUAGACUCCAAGCUGAGUUAAGAGAACGACUGGGCAAUAAUGAACAUAAGACAGACGAAGAUGUUAAGACGGAAAAAAGUAUAAUUAAUGAAAUGAUGGAUAUAGUGGCUCAAAGAGAUUCGCUCAUAGCCGUAUUAGAGGAAGAUAGAUUAAGGUAUACUAAUGAAGAUAAAGGAAUGGAAGAACAAAUGCUUGCAAAGGGAUUGAUGAUGACUCCUAUCCAAAAGUCCAUAGAGAAAUAAUUUUAUCUAUAGAGAAAAAAUACCAGUACGGAUAUUUUAUAUUUAUUGAAUAUAUUUUUGAAUUAACUUGUUAAAUUAUAGCCAGGGUAAUGUAAAAAACUUGCAACUUUUCUAGUAUUAAGACAUAAAACUUUUUACUUUUAUUAAUUUUAGGCGGUUAAACGCACUAUGAUUUUAUUUAUUUUGCAAUUAAUUAUUAAGCAGACUGUUUUUAUUUUUUAACUUAACAAAUAGCAUGAACAAAAUAUAUACCGCGUUCACAGUAUAUUUACAGAGAAUGAUAUUUAUUAGAAUAUUUUUACUUAAAUGACGAUUUUGAAUUCACGUGUACAUUUUUACGUGCCUAUCGUUAACGUCCAUAAUAUAUUUGUAUUUUACUAUAUGGAUUACGAAAGCAAAUAUUAAAACUAGUCUUUAUUAAAUUUAGUUUUUAAAGGGUAUGUAUAUAUACACACACUCUUCAAAUGUUAUGUCGUUAUAUAACGGUUACUAACCUUUUUUUAACCGUUAGUUAACGGAAGGUGAUAAAAUACCAGCCUUAUGGCGUUGAUUGUGAUCGUGUUUGUAUUUUUUCAAAAUAAGGAAUUGUAUAGAAUUGUACAAAAGAAUUAAUUAUUUUGUGAAUGCAAUAAUGUAUUCUUUUUUUUUGAUCGUGUGAAUUAAAAGCUUUUUUUACCAGA